AAAAGUAAUAAAAACACAAUUUUUUUCCUUAAAAAACAAGAGAAACCUCUCUCACCCCCCUAAGAUUUUUUCUCUCGUUGCUCGUUCGAUCGAUCAAAACCCUAGGCUUAAACUCAGUCUUGCAUUGGCAUACAAAUUUUAAGCAAUUGGUCAAGACAAGCGUUUACUCUGCUACUACAUUGUCAUAUUAUUCUGAUUAUACAUUUACUGAGUUUCAUACUUCGAGACCUCUUUUGGGAACAGACUGUCUUUAUUGAGUUCCUAGCUUAGCAUACCUUUUUUAAAGCUUGGAGAAGAAGGCAUAGAGGGGCAUAGUUGUAUUCAAUCCUCGCUACCUGAGAAAAUAACACAAAGAUAACUUGAAAUCAGGUGUCCAAGCAUGUGGGUUCUUUUUUUGAAGCCAGCAAUUUGAUAGAACAUCCUCCUUGAAUGGCUUGGAAGGGAGUUUUAUGUUCACUGCUACUGCUUUCUUCUCUGGCUGAGUCAUCAAGCCGGUCAUGGAAAAGUUUCUCUCAGAAUCUGGACCUCCAGUCAUAUAUGUUACCCAGCUGGCCGAUUCUGAGUGCUGGCAUAUUUGUAAUGGUUUCAGUGGUGCUCUCCUUGUUCCUUAUUUUUGAGCAUCUUUCCAUUUACAAUCAACCCGAGGAACAAAAAUUCCUGAUUGGACUCAUCCUGAUGGUUCCUGUUUAUGCAGUGGAAUCGUUCUUAUCAUUAUUAAAUUCCGAGGUUGCUUUCGUCUGUGAAAUAAUGCGAGACUGCUACGAGGCAUUUGCGUUGUAUUGCUUCGAGAGAUAUUUGAUUGCCUGCUUAGGUGGUGAGGAGAACACUAUUAGGGUUAUGGAGAAGCAGGUUGAAAUUACUUCUAGCAUGCCACUAUUAGAACUUCCAUACGAAGAUGGCAUCGUGAGGCAUCCAUUUCCACUGAAUUGCUUGUUGAGGCACUGGUAUCUUGGUUCUGAUUUUUAUCAGGCUGUGAAAAUUGGCAUUGUUCAAUACAUGAUAGUGAAGACCAUAUGUGCUUUCUUAGCAAUUAUUUUGGAACUUUUUGGGGUUUAUGGAGAAGGGAGGUUUCAAUGGACAUGCGGGUAUCCAUACCUAGCUGUUGUCCUGAAUUUCAGUCAGACAUGGGCCUUGUAUUGCCUUAUACAGUUCUAUACUGUCACGAAGGAGAAGUUGGAUCCUAUAAAGCCCCUCGCUAAAUUUCUUACCUUUAAGUCAAUUGUCUUUUUAACAUGGUGGCAAGGUGUCAUUGUUGCAUUCCUUUUCUCAACGGGGUACUUUAAGGGCCAUUUGGCCCAAGAGUUGAAAACACGCAUCCAGGACUAUAUCAUAUGCUUAGAGAUGGGAGUCUCAGCUGUGGUUCACUUGUAUGUAUUCCCCGCUACACCUUAUCAACAUGGAGAAAGAUGCGUACCUAAUGUUGCUGUUAUGGAUGAUUAUGCAUCACUAGGAGCUGAUCCAGAUCCAGAAGAAGUUAGGGAAAGUGCAAGGUUGACAAGGAUGAACAUUUCCCAAUCUGAUGAUAGACAGAGACGUCUAAGCUUACCACAAAGUGUUCGUGAUGUGGUCCUUGGAAGCAGUGAAAUUAUGGCAGAUGAUGUCAGGUAUACUGUUUCUCAUGUGGUCGAACCAAUGGAACGAGGGAUUGCAAAGAUGAACAAAACAUUCCAUCAAAUAUCAGAAAACAUGAAGCAGCAUGAGAAGCGAAAAAUGAAAGCCAAGGAUGAUAGCUAUCUUAUUCCUAUGCAAUCAUGGUCUAAUGAGUUUUUAGAUGUAGAUCAUGGAGCAGAAGGAAGUUUUAGUGACGGUGGAUUGACACGGAAGAGAAACCAUUUAGUGACUAGGAAUGCUGAGUUCAGUCGGAGCAAAUGGUUCUAAAUGGGCUACUUACCGCUAGUUAAACUGACCGUACUGUAAACAGGCAUAUAGUUUCAGGCACUUGUGACUUUGGUUCAGAGAAGUAUGCUUCUGGAGGCAGCGUGUGUACCAAAUCACACGGUAAAGAAGGUAUAGAACUCCUCUGAUACAGUACUAACUUGAAUCACAUAGAACAAUGAUCACCACACCUGAAAUGUAAAUUCAAGAUUUUGUAUCUGGAUCACAGAUUUAAGUAAUUUCUUAGAUCAUAAUAGAUGUUACAUUGUUCGCUACUUUGAUUAUUUUCCUGGUGCAUUUCAGUUCAUUACUUUUCAGUUUUCCACAUGGUUAUACAAAAGUGUUAAUCAUAUUUGAGACA